GCAACCCGUGGGAAAGGAGGAAAUACAUUUCUACUUUCACUUUAGCGUUACACGCCCAUCACUAACUACAGCGGCAACAGUUUGUUAUUAUUGAUUUGAAUGCGUUUAUAGAGUUCAAAGAGCAAACAACGAACAUUUUGGGCGUCAUUGGUUCUGCAGUCCAGGACGCUUGUGUACAUGGCCAGUGAAUCCUGGUUGGAGUCUUCCCUGCGCCGUUCAUCUAAACUUGGGCAGGAGGUGUUGGAAAAAGCAAAAAGACGGUCUGUAAGCUGUUCAAGACCAAGACCACCCGUGCUCGGUCACAAUGAAAGGAACUCAGAGAGAGAUGUUUUACAUUCAAACUUGGACCAUGCUUUUGGAAAAAUAGUGGAGUACAUGUCAGAAACUACCAGACAAUGCAAGAAGUUUUAUGAGACUGUGCACCUGGCUCAGCCCAGUGAGCGAGAACACAUCUGUCGCUACCAUUCCCAGCAGAUGUUGAGGACUGCAGACCAGAAACAGAAUGCAAGUGCAUCCAUCAAACAAAACAUUGGUUCAUCAGAACCAGAGGAUUUCCUUAUUGAAGUGUCUCCAGGCACCUAUUCCAUCACAGCAGCAAUGCAGGACGCAAAGCCACAGACGAAAACUGUCCGCAUCAACGCUGGAGAAAGCAUGAGCCUUACAUUCAACCUCUGAAGUGCACCUGUGUAUUAUAUGGGUGAAAUUCUGUGCCUUCAUUGAGGAGUUGCUCUAAAAUUACAACUAAAACUAAAUGCACUGACUUUGACUCUUCUUGAUACCUUUUUUUUUUUUUUUUGUAUUCAUAAGUGUUACUGUUUAAUACUCA